GGUAGGGGGGGUGGCCGUCAGCCCGCCCCUGCGGCUCGUCCCGAUGAGAAGGCAAAGGAGAGCGCUUCCCCCUGUCAUCCGCGACGCUUGAGUUUUAUUCACCCUUUAAAGCUGUCUUUAAAUCACCGCGCUUAGGGGGGAGUUAUUGAUAAAAACCUCAGUUAUACCAAGGUGCUCUGUAACAGAGCAAGAUUGGUCACCUACCUACCAGGGUUUUAUUCCUUAGUCAAGAGAGUUGUAAAUCCCAAGGCUUUUUCUACAGCAGGUUCCUCUGGCUCAGAUGAGCCUCAUGUUGCUGCUACGCCUCCUGAUUUAUGUCCAAGAACUGUGUGGCCGGAUGAAGUAAUGGGUCCGUUUGGUCCUCAGGACCAGAGAUUUCAGUUGCCUGGUAAUAUUGGUUUUGACUGUCACCUAAAUGGCACUGCUUCUCAGAAGAAAAGCCAAGUUUCAACAAGUCUGCCUGAUAUAUUAGCAGAGCCUUCAGCAAGUGAAAGGCAUGAAUUUGUAAUGGCACAAUAUGUAAAUGAAUUUCAGGGGGCUGAUGUUCCACAGAAACAGCAAAUAAAAAACGCUGAAACUUACUUUGAAAAUGCAAAGGUAGAAUGUGCAGUACAAGCUUGUCCAGAGCUGUUACAAAAAGACUUUGAGUCAAUAUUUCCAGAGGUGAAUGCCAACCGCUUAACGGUAUUAACUGUCACCCAGAAGACUAAAAAUGAUAUGACUGUAUGGAGUCAAGAAGUGGAGGAUGAGAGAGAAAUGCUCUUAGAAAAUUUCAUUAAUGGUGCCAAGGAAAUUUGCUAUGCAAUUUGUUCUGAAGGCUACUGGGCUGACUUCAUUGAUCCAUCCUCAGGACUGGCAUUUUUUGGACCUUACACAAACAGCACUCUGUUCGAAACAGAUGAACGCUACCGCCACUUGGGAUUUUCCGUUGAUGAUCUUGGCUGCUGCAAAGUUAUUCGUCAUAACAUCUGGGGUACUCAUGUGGUUGUAGGAAGUAUUUUCACUAAUGCUGAACCUGACAGCCCUAUCAUGAGAAAACUAAGUGGAAACUAACAGUCAUUGGGGCUUCACAAGUUCUUACGACCUUUGCAUUCUUUUACUUGAUGAUUCUCUCUAAGCUUUGUCAGGAAAUGCCACACUUAAAAGUAUUCUUAGAUAAUAAAAUAGCUGUUAUUUAUUUUAGUCUUUGUGAAUGUGUGUUCACCACAAGUGACUUAGAAUAUUAAUUGACAACACUCAAACAGAUACCUUUGUGCCACAUGAAGCUGUGAGUUUCCUUCAUCUUGAAUGAGUUUGAACAUACAUGUACAUAGUCCUCUGCAUAUCCUUUUUUAAUACUUUCUUAAAAGCCACACUUCUUAACCGUUUUGUCUUUCAGCAUCUGACAAAUCUGUGCUCUUAGUAUUAAAAAUCCUGGUGCCACUGGCGUUUCUAGGAAUUUUGCUGCUUACCAGAAUAAGUGGCAAAUAAAAGUGGAAUAAGUAACAAAACUGUUCUCCUAGAAUAUAGAACUUAAUAAAAACUGCAAAAGUUAAUGCUGGACUAAUCACUCAUUUGCUGUUCUAAAAUGAGAAUAAUGAGAGAAGCUUUCAGUGGUCUCUACCUACAAGUAAUACUUCAGUAGGGAAGUGUUCACGUGAUUGCUAAACCCAAAGACUCAGUAAAGACUCUUUAAAUUACUCUAGAAUCAGUCAUCUCAGUGUUUUUUGUCUUCAUGUUGCUAGGGGUUUUAUUUUCUCAGUGUUAGGUAAAUAUAUUUAAUUAGUUAAUAUAUGUAAAUGUAAUUUAAAGCUGCUUUUGUAACUUAGGUCAUUAAAUACAUUGUGGGGAAAAAAAAUGAUAACAGGGAAAUGCUUCGAUAUCAUCAUUGUUUUCCUGUACUUGGAUGCAAUUUAGACUUGUCUGCGUGGAAUUUUGAAAUGCCUGCAAUUAUGAUCAAUUAUUGCAAUUAUGAUCAAUUAUAAAAAUAUUUCAACAGGAAGGUUUCAGUAAACUAGUCAGUCUCUUCAAGUAUCAUAAAAACAAUCAGGUCAUUGAAGUUACUGGAGGGAGAAUAGUGAUGAAAAUCCAAGGCACCUGAAAUAGCAACAGUGUCAGCUGCCUCCCUACAGAGACAGGCUAACUAUCUAGAUUUUAAUCUCAGCGCAGUCCGUUAUCGGGGCCAUUUGUUAAGACACCCCUGCAGUAGCUGCGCCAGUUCAUGCAACGAUGGGAAUCCUUCAGCCUCAACUCCAUCAAAACGUAGUGCAGCUUUGGUCUGGAUAACAGCUGCACAAGGUGACGAUCCGAGAGGUUUAGCUUCCUCUCAGAUAGCUAGGGAUCGUAAUCAUUUUGUCAACUUGUUCUGAGUUUGUAUACUACUUCUAUUCCUUACUCAGGGUCUAAGCCAGUUAUCACCAAAGUCUUUUCAUUUGCUUUGAUGAGUUUAGAACCAGAUCCUUUACCAAGUGCCUGUACCCAUCCUUGUUAAUGAUUGCUGCAAGCCCAAAACUUUGCCGGAUCACGGAGGUGGGAGGAAGACUUUCCACUGAAGAAGUGAGUGGGGUCUCCCCUAAAUUCACUCACUGAACCAGCAAUUCGGAGGUUAUUUUGCUUGCCUGCUGUCACUGUCAUCGCUGGUGGCUCUAGCCUGUGCACAUCCCAAGGCUGAAGUAGGACUUGUUCAUCGCUUUGUCAUGGAAUUUGUGCUGCAUUUCCAGAGCCCAAGUUCUUGACCUCCUCUCUGCUAUCCAGGAAAGCUGUAUUACUUCAGAGUCUUUUAUUGAUUUUUUUUUUUUUCUCAUUCUCAUCAAGAGGAUUAAAAAAGCUUGAGAAGCUGCACUGUGUCUUGUCUGUUUGCAAAAUAGAAUUAUUUUGCAGAACAGAAAUUAGCUCAUUUGAUGAGAGGAUUAGUGUCUCGCUGGACAGUGGAGUUCACUCCUGGAGAACUUGGUUGGAUAAACAUCAGAAAAAUAAAUUCUGUGAAAUGGUUCACAUAUAUUUUAACUAUCUUGAAGACUCUUGAUGCUAUCUUUUCUUCAGAUGACUUUGCUGCACUUAUCUUUCUGUGUUUUUAGAAAGGGUGGGAGCUGUCAGGCAGCUAUUCAAAUGCUAGUUUUUGCGUUCAUGUUUCUUCAAGUUUCGUCCUGUAAAAGGCUUUUACAGUGGCUUUUCAAAUGGCUUCAACCUGAGGCAAAAAUCUCACUGAAAGUAGUGGGAGUUUUGCCUUGGCUUCACUAAUACUGAUGUUUCGUGCUAGAGUUUGAGAGGAGGUACGAUAUUUCUGGAUAUUUUUCUAAAUAAAAUCUCAUACACGUUGCUUCUCAGCAGACUAGAACUGUUCCAGUUCUGUUUCCCUCACAUCAGAAGAGCUAUACUGUGUAUUAAUUAACUUGCUACUAUGAAAUAAAAGUUCUUGAAUACAGUGUAACUGUACUUCUGAUAAUAAAA